CUCAGUCAAGCCCGGUCUGUGAGCCCUUAGAUGGAAUAGCAGCAUUUUUCUUCUUUGGUGUCACUGGAGGAAACUGGAAACAAGGUCUCUUAAGGGGGAUAAAUAGGAUCCAGGUCUGGGCUGGAACCUGACUUGUUGGAAGAAGCUCCUGAAAGGCAGUGGUGACUGGUUGGGGUUCCUUAGCGGCGCAGUCAUGGGCAGGCCAGAGGGGUUGGCCAGGCCACCUCUGGUGUCAGCUAUGGCGCUUUCCUUCCUGGCUCUCUCUCUCCUCUCCACUGGGGUCUCCAGCCUCCAACAGCCCCUGCCAAGAGUCUUCCUUUCCUUUGAGGACCUGCAGGCCUCACAGUCCUUUGAACACUACAGUAUAUCCGAUAAGGCCAUGGACUACAGGAUCCUGCACAUGGACGAGGACCAGGACAGGAUGUAUGUGGGCUGCAAAGAUCAUGUCCUCUCCAUGGACAUCAACAACAUCACCCAUGGCACGCUUAAGGUGUUUUGGCCUGCGUCUACAAGCAAGAUAGAGGAAUGCCAAAUGGCAGGAAAGGACCCUACGCACGGCUGUGGGAACUUUAUCCGGGUGGUGCAGCCUUAUAACAGAACUCAUCUGUUCAUGUGUGGCAGCGGAGCCUACAGUCCUGUCUGUGUAUACGUGAACAGGGGCCGCAGACCAGAGGAACAAGUAUUUCACAUUGACUCAAGGACUGAAUCUGGAAAAGGGAGGUGCUCCUUCAACCCUAAAGUGAAUACAGUCUCCGUCAUGCUCAACCAGGAGCUGUUCUCAGGCAUGUACAUAGAUUUCAUGGGGACAGAUGCUGCCAUCUUCAGGAGCCUGACCAAGAGAAAUGCAGUGAGGACAGACCAGCACAACUCAAAGUGGCUUAGUGAGCCAAUCUUCAUUGACGCCCACCUGAUACCAGAUGGAACAGACCCCAAUGACGCCAAACUGUAUUUUUUCUUCCGGGAGAGGCUAACGGAUAACAGCGGAAAUACAAAAAAUAUCCACACCAUGGUGGCCAGAGUGUGUCCAAACGACAUUGGAGGACAGCGGAGUCUGGUGAACAAAUGGACCACCUUCCUUAAGGCCAGGAUGGUGUGUUCAGUUCUGGAAGAAGAUGGCACCGAAACUCACUUUGAUGAACUGGAAAGUAUGUUUUUGCUGGAAACCGAUCAGCCCAAGGGCCUGUUGGUGUUUGGAGUCUUCACAUCCACAAGCUCUGUGUUUAAAGGCUCCGCAGUGUGUGUGUACAACAUGGCCGACAUCCUCACCGUCUUCAACGGCCCCUUCGCUCACAGAGAGGGGCCCAACUUUCAGUGGGUAGCCUUCCAGGGGCGCAUCCCUUAUCCAAGGCCCGGAACUUGUCCCGGUGGAGCCUUCACACCUGACAUCCAGACAACAAAGGAGUUCCCAGACGAUGUGGUGACCUUUGUACGGAAUCAUCCAGUCAUGUUCAACCCCAUCUACCCAGUGGGGAGGAGACCCCUGGUGGUUCGGACCAACACUGACUACAAAUACACAUCAGUGGCAGUGGACCAGGUCAUGGCUGCAGACGGCAACUACCAAGUGCUUUUCCUGGGCACAGACAAGGGUACAGUACAGAAGGUGAUUGUGCUGCCCAGCAAUCAUUCCCUGCAUGAAGAUCUGAUCCUGGAGGAGCUGGAAGUGUUUAAGAAUCAAGCUGUUACAAACUUAAGAAUAUCCUCAAAAAAACAACAGCUGUACGUCAGCUCAGACUUCGGGGUCUCGCAGGUCUCCCUGCACCGUUGUCAAGCUUACGGCUCGGCUUGCGCUGACUGCUGCCUUGCCAGGGACCCCUACUGCGCCUGGGACGGACUCAGCUGCUCCCGCUUCUAUCCCACUGGCAAAAGGAGAAGCAGAAGGCAGGACAUUAUGCAUGGGAAUCCACUCACUCAAUGCAGAGGAUUCAAUCUAAAAGCCUACAGAAACGCACUGGAGAUGACGCAGUACGGUGUGAAAAACAACACCACCUUCCUGGAGUGUCUUCCCAAAUCUCCCCAGGCCUCGAUCCGCUGGCUGAUUCAGAGGGAUAAUGACAGAAGGAAAGAGGUGAAGCUGAGCGACCGUGUCCUCUCCACCGAGCAUGGCCUCCUCAUCCGCUCCGUCCAGCUGUCUGACCAGGGCCUUUACUACUGCCUGACCACCGAGAACACCUUCAAACGCACCGUCGCCAAGAUCCGCCUGCGGGUGCUGAGCGAAGCCAUGGUGAGCGUGCUGACAGACAAACAGCAGUCGCCGUGGGCCUGGGCCAGCUCGUUGCACCCUAAGGUCCUAUUGGCAGCCUUUAGUCCAGCAGAGAGCCUGGCUGUACAGCAAUACUGCAAAGAGAGGAAGGAGCUCCAGAACCUCCAGCAGAGGCAGCAGCAGCAGUCACAGCCACCUGGACCUCUAAGGGGGGAUCUGGCCAAACUGAAGCCCCUGCUAGACCGGAGGAAGAGCCGCAACCGCCGCCAUCACCCCCCAGAGGUCUAACACAGGGAGCUGGCAGCUGCAGAGACUGACACGCGCACCUUUCCUCUGUUUCUAUAUCCAGAUCCUCCUUUUCCAGCUCUCAUCUCAAACUGCAGCGCUGCACUGUGGAGUACAGUAAAACGAGGAGGUGGGUGUGGGGAGUUGUUACUGGGCAGUAUCUCCAUUUCUUGCAUGACGCACUGUGAGCAGAUGGCUGUGACAUACACUAAUUUACACGCACAGGCACCUACAAGCCAUUCAUUUGCUGUUGCAGUCACACCACAAACUGCAGUGGCCCUGUUGAGUGCCACUAAUAUACUGUGUACUCAGCUGAUAUUGCUUAUGAUAAUACGCCUUGAGACGUAGUUGUGGUCAAUGAUCUUAUCAUAUUUUCUAAAUCAGAGGGGGAAAUGGACCGGCUACAUAUUAGCUCACACAGGAUUUGUUCUCUGUUCACUAAAAGCGGGGGUCAUUUGAAGUCAUCAUAGUAAAGUAAAUAGAGCGUAAAAAGGGACAAAAGGAAGACAGAUGCAUGUUUAACAGUGAGUGCCCUCUCGAAGUAUUAUACUAGUAUUUUAUUAGAUUCUACUCACAUUUCUGUAUUUACUUUAAACUAACAAAAUUGUCUCUGCUCAGUGAAAUGGCAGGACUUUGUUGCCAUCUGUGGAGUAAUAAAAACUCACUUUGUUCUCACGGGUUGACAGCCGUGCAUAUUGUAUACAAUACAACUAUUCAUACAAAGCUCAGACGGCAAGUGUCCCCAUUAAAAAAAGUGUGCUGUAAUUUAAAGGCCAAACUUAAUAUCCCAGGUGUGCAGAUGUUACCCAAACAGAAACACUAGUAAAAUAUGAAUAGAGUACUGAGUAGAAUAUGAAAGUCUGUGUGAGCUGUUGCAAACAUCUUGAACAUGAUCUCUCUUAUAUUUAUUCCCAUUACUCAGACAUACUUGUAAGCCUCACUGUAAUUUUGUUGCAUAUUGAAUGAUACUUCUAUUGUUUCAGGCACAGAAGCAUGUUUAUAGAAAUUCAUCAUUAAUGUAAAGGUUGCUUAGUAACCAAGCUAGCAGAUACGCACAUUUUAGUUCGCCUAAAACCUGGAAAUAUAGAGUUUUCGUCAUAAGGUAAAUGGUAAAAGAUGACAGUAUCCUUUUUCGGAUCCACAUUUUCCACAUUGUCUACAGCAAAGUGGAUAUACUUUUAUUUCGGUAAUUGUCAGUGAGUCUGUGAGCUAGACCAUUUGAUAUAUGUGAAUAGACACUUUUUUUUUCAGAAGCGUAGUUAAUGUAGAUAGAAGUUAUUUUGUUGAUUGUGUACAGAGUAUUUUUCAUUUGUUUGUUUCAUCCUUUCUAAUUUAAUGUUCUGUUGAGUUUUGUGAAACGUGUUUUCAUCGUGUAUAUAAUUUCUACAUACAGUAUAUCACCAACUAUGACUGUAUCUGCAAAUUGCAGAUAUAUACAGCAUUAUUUUCAUUUUGAGAAAAGAACUCUUUAGUUGUACCUUCCCUCAUACAGAUCUCCAUGUUUAAUAAAACUGUGUGACCAGCAUCAUGUCAGCUUCAACUCGGUGUAAUUUCAGUGUUAUGAAACAGUUGUAUUUCUAUUUAUUAAUGUCAUGAUAGCCUGAAUAAAUCUGUUCAGAUGAA